GCCGGAAGGGGGUCUCUGGAGCGUCUUCCUUCCCGUCCUGCUCCGUGUUUCUGCGAUUAGGGUCGGCUUGGCUUCUCCCGCGCUGGCUGGACACCAUGGUCAUUUCGUGAGAUCCCUGGACGUCGAGCUGCCCCCUGUGUCUGUUGGCCUCUCCGAGAACUUGAUCCCACGAUCACUGUCACCUUGCCAUGCACCCCGGUCCCUGUAGGGGCCCCUGAUCCAACCUGGACGUCAGUGCCGAGUAACACGGCUCCACACACAUCCCAAAUUGCACGGGCUCCCCAUGGUCUAUAAGGUCAGACGAAAAUGCUUCGGGCCGAAGCCCCAAACGUUCUGUCAUCUGGUCUCUGUUGUUUUUAGGAAUAACAGCCGUAAUAACAGUAGCAUUUACAUAGCGCUUUAAGGUUUGCGAGGCGCUUUACCUGUGUUAUCUCAUAUUCCGUCCUCACAACAACCCUGGGGAGUAGGUGCUAUUACUGUCCGCUUUUUACAGACGGGGAGAUAGGCUGGGAGAGGCGGUGACUUGCCCACACGUGAUUUGGACUCCCUGACUCCCACGGCCAGCACUAACCCGCGCUGCUCUGCCGCUCCUGUUCUUCCAACCAAAUUGCCCUGCUAUCUUUUAAACGAACGUAGUUGUGUGCGAAAAGCCUCCUGGUGAAGGCUACGGACACCUCAGGAUAACUUAAAGAAAGCAACAACAAACGAAUAAAACGCAUAGGAUUGCGGUGGAAAAGUUAUUUUCAAAUACAGUUAUCAACAGCAACCAAGUUUGAAGACCCCAGAUUAAGGAACCCCUGGAUUACACAAUCCCAGAGGACUCACGAUGAAAAAUGCUGUCCACCUCCAGAGAAAGAACUGGUGAACUCUGAAGGCAGAUCGAAGAGGAAAAUGAACAUAGGAGUAAUGCUCAAGUUGGAAAAUCUGAUGCUGUUUCCCAGUGCUUACAGGCAGCUGCAUAUUCUUUGUCGAAGAAGAGUUUGUUUGGUACAAUGGAAGCUUGUGCCCUCCUCCGCUUACCCUGUGUGUACCACCCUGUGUGUACCACAGUCCUGGCAAACAGACCCAUUCAUCAAUGUUGCUUUAUCACAGUGUAGGCUUUUAAGUAUAAAGAAGGGAGAAAGACCACAGAACUCUAGAUUACCUUGGAAGAACUCUAAAAAGGAACAGCAGGAGGUAGAAGUAUGGAAUGGAAUGACUGUUGAAGACCUUGCCAGAUCUAUGAAUAAAGACAUAGAUCAUGUAUAUGAGGCCCUGUUGAACACUGCUCUUGACAUUGACUUACUUGAGCCCGAGUCACCCCUAGAUGAUGUUUGGAUUAAGGAAGUUUUAAAAAAAUCUGGGAAGAAGUACAAAAGAGUCCAACUAAAACAAGAUAAAGUCAGAGAAAACAAAGAUGCUGUGAGAAGGCCUGAUGCAGAUCCAGCUUUCUUAAUCCCAAGGUUCCCGGUUGUUACCAUAAUGGGUCAUGUUGAUCACGGGAAAACAACUUUACUUGACCAACUGCGAAAAACUCAAGUAGCAGCAAUGGAAGCUGGAGGCAUAACUCAACAUAUUGGUGCCUUCCUUGUUUCUCUACCUACUGGGGAAAAGAUAACCUUUCUUGAUACUCCAGGACAUGCUGCCUUUUCAGCAAUGAGGUCCAGGGGUGCUCAUCUCACUGAUAUUAUCAUAUUAGUUGUGGCAGCAGAAGAUGGAGUAAUGAAACAAACUGUGGAAUCUAUUCAACAUGCCCAAAAUGCUCAAGUUCCAAUCAUCCUUGCUAUAAACAAGUGUGACAAACCAGAGGCUGAUCCUGAAAGAGUGAAGAAAGAAUUGUUGACUUAUGAUGUGGUUUGUGAAGAGUAUGGGGGUGAUGUUCAGGCAAUACAUAUUUCUGCACUUAAGGGUGACAAUCUGAUGGCUUUGGCAGAGGCAACAGUUGCUCUUGCAGAGAUCUUGGAGCUGAAAGGAGAUCCCACUGGUCUUGUGGAAGCAAUAGUGGUAGAGUCUCGAACAGAUAAAGGAAGAGGUCCAGUAACUACAGCUAUAAUUAAAAGAGGAACUUUGAGAAAAGGCGCAAUUCUGGUCGCCGGAAAGAGUUGGGCAAAAGUCCGUUUGCUGUUUGAUGAGAAUGGAAAAACAAUCAAUGAUGCUUGUCCUAGCAUGCCAGUGGAAAUUAUAGGUUGGAAGGACCUUCCUUCUGCGGGAGAUGAAAUUCUUGAAGUAGAAUCUGAGCAAAGAGCGCGUGAAGUUGUUGAUUGGAGGAAGUAUGCUGAAGAACAGGAGAAAAUGAAAGAGGAUUUUAAAGUGAUUGAAACAAAACGAAAGGAACACCAAGAUUCACAUCGUAGAACCCGGGAGAAGUUAGGAUCUCUGACUUGGAAAGAGAGAGAAUAUAGAAAGUAUCAAGAAAUUAAAAAACUACAAAAUAUAAAACCUAAAGAGAAAACACAAGAAGAUUUGAACAUUCUUCCUAUAAUUAUUAAAGGUGAUGUAGAUGGUUCAGUUGAAGCUAUUUUGAACAUUAUCGAUACCUAUGAUGCUACAGAUGAAUGUAAACUGGAGUUAAUACAUUUUGGAGUAGGUGAUAUUAACGAAAAUGACAUUAAUCUUGCUGAAACAUUUAAUGGUGUUGUAUAUGGCUUCAGUGUGAAUGCAAGCAAAGUUAUCCAGCAGUUAGCUGUGAAAAAAAGAGUCAGAAUUAAACUUCACAACAUUAUUUACCGACUUGUUGAAGACUUGCAGGAAGAACUGAGCAGUAAACUCCCUCCCUCUGUGGAAGAAAAUGUAAUAGGUGAAGCAUCUGUACUAGCUACUUUCUCUGUGACAGUAGGGAAAAAACAAGUUCCUGUAGCUGGCUGCAGAGUCCAAAAGGGACAAUUAGAAAAAAAGAUGAAAUUUAAAUUAAUUCGUAAUGGAUGUGUUAUUUGGAAAGGAUUGUUAACUUCACUCAAGCAUCAUAAAGAUGAUGUGUCAGUCAUAAAAACUGGAAUGGACUGUGGUCUAAGUUUGGAUGAAUCAAAUAUUGAGUUUAAGACCGGAGAUGAAAUUAUUUGCUUUGAAGAGAAAGAAGUUUUACGGAAGACUUCUUGGGAUCCAGGAUUUUAAAUUGUUACAUUAAAAGAAUGUAACUGAACUUA